UGUCAGGAAGCAAGCUGAUUGGCCGAGGCCUAGCAAAGGGUGCCCGGGGAUCCAAAACUGCAGGCCGCACUUAGCUUACCGUCAAAAAUAAACCAAAACAAUAACAGACAAAACUGAGAAGGGGGAGAAACACCGGUAGAGUCUGAAGACGACGUUAUCAGAGGGAUUGGUUACCUUGAUGGAAGAAAGCCCAUCAAAUAUCUUAUUGGUUUUAUUCUAAGGGUUUUGUCAUCAAAUGUGAAGUCUUUUUCUGAGUGAAGACAUGGAUCAAGGAGGAGGGGUGUUGGAGCUACACACUCAGGAGCUGAAAAUGCCCCACGCUAUGAUCAUGCAAGACUUUGUUGCAGGCAUGGGGGGUCUGGCUCACAUUGAUGGGGAGCACAUUGUGGUGUCUGUGCCCGAGGGUAUGCUUCUUUCUGAUGUGAUGACGGACGAGGGCAUCCUCCUGGAGCAUGGGCUUGAGGUGGAAGGCCUGGAGACUCAGGUGGUCCAAGGCCUGGAGACAGAAGUGGUGGAGAGCUUACAUGCAGACGUAGAAGGCUUGGAGGCAGAGGUGGUUGAGGAGCUACAGACACAAGUGGUGGAGCUGGAGGCGCAGGUUGUUGAGGGCCUAGAGGGGGAGGUGGAAGUUGAGGGUCUCGAGGCACAAGUGGUGGAGGGCCUGGAAACGGAGGUAGAUGUUGAGGGCCUGGAAGCUCACGUUGUUGAGGGCCUUGAGGAGGAGGUGGAAGUAGAGGGUUUAGAAGCUGAGGUUGUCGAAGGUCUGGAGGUAGACGUGGAAAGUCUGCAAUCUCAAGGAGUGGAAGCCCAUGAAAUCACCAGUGAGGACAUGGUGUCCUCAGAACACAGUGUGAUCAUGCCCGACAAUAUUCUGGGCACAGAAGUUGCGAUAGAGGAAGAGCUGGACCCCCAUCAUCACCACGUCCUCACCUCAGACCUCAUCCAGGGCUCAAACCACCACCACCACGAUGACAUGCCAGACCAGGUGUUUGUGGCAGAGCUACUGUCCGAGCACCAGGGCAACACGCUGGACCACCAGCUUGUGUCAGAAGGCUUGAUGGUUACAGAGGCCAACUCCGAGACCAUAAUCCAGGAACAGAUGCCAACUGAGGCUGUUCCCUUGCAGACAGAUGAGGAUGAUGAUGCAAGAAGCAGCUCUGAGGAUUACCUCAUGAUCUCCUUGGAUGAGGUGGGAGAGAAGCUGGACAUAGGAGAUACUCCUCUGGAGAUCAGCACUGAGGUAAUGGAAGACAAGGAAUCUAAAGAGGAGGACGGCUCUGAGGUCAUCAAAGUCUACAUUUUCAAAGCUGAAGCAGAUGACGAUUUAGGCGGAACCGAGGUAAUAACAGAGGAUGACUACCAGAAUGGUCAUCCUGACCUGGAAGCUGCAUCGUCAGGGAGACUGGGAGUUGGCCGUGACAAGAUGGUCUACAUGGCAGUCAAGAACCACCCGAAAGAAGAAGAGGAUGAUGAGGAUGACAGUGACGAUGAUGACGAUGAUGACAUCAGUAAUACCAUUGAACAGGUGAAAAAUGGAAAUUCCACACCAUUUUUGCAAAUCCGAGAAGGGCUGGGUGUCAACCGUGCUCUCAAACCUAAAACUAAGAAAAAGAAGAAAGGAGACACGCGGCAGUGUCAGACUGCUGUUAUCAUUGGACCAGAUGGUAUGCCUUUGACGGUCUACCCGUGCCACAUAUGUGGAAAGAAGUUUCGCUCGCGAGGCUUUCUCAAAUGCCACAUGAAGAACCACCCUGACCACCUGCUUAAGAAGAAGUAUCAGUGUACAGACUGCGACUUUACCACCAACAAGAAGGUCAGUUUCCACAACCACUUGGAGAGUCACAAGCUGCUGAGCCACAACAAUGAGCGCUCUCCAGAAUACACUGAGUACGCACGGCGCUACCAUGAGUCCAGCCCCCUGGGCUCUGACAAGCUCAUCGUCAAAGACCGGGAGCCCAAACUUCAUCACUGCAAGUACUGCGAUUAUGAGACAGCCGAGCAGGGCCUGCUCAACCGUCACCUGCUGGCUGUGCACAGUAAGAACUUUGCCCAUGUGUGUGUCGAGUGCGCCAAAGGAUUCCGCCACCCGUCAGAGCUGAAGAAACACAUGCGGACCCACACAGGCGAGAAGCCCUACCACUGCCCGCACUGCGAGUUCCGCUGCGCAGAUCAAUCCAACCUAAAGACUCACAUCAAGAGCAAGCACGGCGCAGAUCUGCCUUUCAAAUGCAGCCAUUGUCCUCAAGCCUACGCUGAUGCACGGGAACUCCAACGUCAUAUAGAGGUGGUGCAAGGUCACAAGACCCAUCAGUGCCCACACUGUGAGCACAAGAGCACCAACUCCAGUGACCUGAAACGACACAUUAUCUCUGUUCACACCAAGGACUUCCCCCAUCAGUGUGACGUGUGUGAGAAAGGCUUUCACAGGCCCUCGGAGCUGAAGAAACACGCGGAGACACACAAGGGCAACAAGGUGCACCAGUGCCGGCAUUGUAACUUCAAUGCUCCCGACACCUUCACCUUGAGUCGCCAUAUCCUGUCCUUGCAUACAAAGGACCUCCCCUUUAAGUGCAAGCGCUGCCGGCGAGGCUUCCGCCAGCCCGCUGAGCUGAAGAAGCACAUGAAGACACACAGUGGUAGAAAGGUUUAUCAGUGCCAGUAUUGUGAGUAUAACAGUACGGACGCUUCUGGCUUCAAACGCCACGUUAUCUCCAUUCACACCAAGGACUACCCCCACCGCUGCGACUACUGCACCAAGGGCUUUAGGAGGCCUUCGGAGAAGAGCCAGCACAUAGCCAGGCAUCACAAAGACAUGUUGAUGUAAUGUCAUCGCACACACAAACACACUCCUCUUUCCUGAGUAAAUCUGUGUCACACACCCAGAGAUAAUUUUAGUAUAUUAACAAAUGAAGUGACGGAUGUAGGCUGUUGAAGAAGACGACAACAUUAUAAUUGCCGUUAUGUGUUCUGUGUUGUAACAGGUGUAAACCUCCUCCCCAGGGGUAAUGGAAGAACACAUUUUAGAUGGGGGUAAAGUCUAAAAAAAGACAGUGUGUACACUGAGUGGGACAGCUGUAAAUUGUGUUUUGUUUUGUUGCAGAAAAUCACAUAUGAACAUAUAUUCAGGGUCUCAAAUGUCUAUAUUUUUAUACCCACUCAGCUGAAAUGCUGCAAGAUGAUGACUGUGUCCUGUAAAACAGAAAGCGGUGCUUUGUGAACGUCAUGCCAGUUCUUCAGAUGAUGUGGAAUGAGUACAGGAGACGUUUGCCUCCAUAGUACCAACUAGUAUCUCUUUUCCUUAUUAACCAGGUUUUUACCCUGACAUUUGUUUUCAAUGCCAUCUGGUCUUUAAGGGGCAGGGCCAUUCAUGAGUUCAUAAAUGGUUUUGAAUGAUGUUGACACACAUUACGCACCUUAAAAAGAUAUCUCAAUAAAUCUAACAGCUGAACUUCCAACAUUUUGGAGUUACAUUAAAUUAAUCAUGUAUAAUAUAGGCUAUAUUCCGUUAAAUAUGUUUUAAAAGUUGAGUCAUAGUUUUGUUGUUGUCUGAUGAGCGGUGUCUAACAAGGAAAAAUGGUGCAGUUGGUAUAUUAGUAGAAUAUGAGAAAUCUGCUAUUUGCUAUGAGGGUGCCGAUAAUUAACAGGUGUAUUAUUAUAUGAACUUGACAGAUGGAUUGGUUCACGUUUGAUGACCCCUGAAGAUCUUCUAUCUGACUGCCACUGUAAGUUGCGUAUGUGUAAUGUUACCUAUGACACAGAUGUGCUCUCUCAGCUAACCAUUUGAUUGCAAUCAUGCCUUACAUCUGAUGGUCUUUAUCUCUUAAGCACUGAUAAACACAGCUAAUCAGAAAUUAAGUGAUUUUUAACUCUCAAACAUGCUGUAUCAAUACCAUUCUCUCAGAGAUUGUGUGUUUGAGUCAGUAGAAAGCACUUUAAUAACUUUUGUAUUUUAAUUACGUGUGCAUACACGGACACGCGCACACACACAUAUAUACAUAUAUAUGUAUGUAUAUAUAUAUAAAUAAAUCCUACAUAAACAAUUACAAAGCUUUGUGAGUUGGUAAAGGUAAAGAUUCUUUUGAGUGUUAUCGCUGGUGAGUGGGCACGAUCCAUUACUGCAUCAAAACUGAAUUGUCAUUGAAAAGUGGUGGGUGAAACCAUUUAUUGUUUUGUUCUAUGGAUAAGUGAUUGGGUUUUGUGUUUUGUUUGUGCUCACUAACAAGUUUCCCAGACCCUCGUCCUACAACCCUAAAUAACCCAACCCGGUCCCAAACAUGGGAUUAUUCCCUUGAAGUCAGUGGUCAUCAUAUUGGCGUUAGUCUUUAAAGUAUGCACAUAUGCUGUCUCCAUGAAAUUAAUUGUGGUAUAUAUUAAAAAUCCCUGCAUUUCGUGUACCUUAGUCUAUAUUUUCUUUCAGUCUGAUUGUCGAUAAACUACUGGUGGGGAAGAACCAAAAUAAACAAUUAUCUUUUUACA